AUGACGAUGCGAGGCAAUGGUCCUCUCGUGAUCUUGCGAUCGCUGAUGGUCGCUGUCGCCGCCGCUACGACGGUACCGGGGACCUGGAUAAACCUGGGUCUGCGACACUUGCCUGAACUGGAACCGGCGCAGACGAUGGAGCCGUUUGACGCGAGUGCUUCCACGAUCUGCGUCGGUUUGAAGGGCCUGUCUCAGGGCCAAGGGAAGCUCUGCCAGCUGUCCGUGGACCACAUGUUCAGCGUGGCGAAGGGCGCGAAGUACGGCGUUAUGGAGUGCCAGCAUCAGUUCAAGGACAGAAGAUGGAACUGCUCCACCGUCCAGGACGAGUCCGUGUUCGGUCCGAUACUUAGAAUAGCGAGCAGGGAAACCGCGUUCGUUCACGCGAUCACCGCCGCCGGAGUGGUCUACUCCAUCAGCCGUUCCUGUCGGGAUGGCCACCUGUCGUCGUGCGGCUGUUCCAGGAGUAACAGGCCCAAGGAUCUAAAACGCGAUUGGAUCUGGGGCGGAUGCGGGGAUAAUCUCGAAUACGGCUACAAAUUCACGCAGGCGUUCGUCGAUGUGCGGGAACGAGAGCGCAGUUUCAAGAGAGGCAGCCGAGAGCAGGGCAGGAGCCUGAUGAAUCUGCACAACAACGAGGCCGGUCGCAGGGCCGUCGUCAAAAGGUCCAAGGUGACGUGCAAAUGUCACGGCGUUUCCGGAAGCUGUAGCCUGAUCACCUGCUGGCAGCAACUCGCAUCAUUUCGCGAGAUCGGUGAUUUUCUUUUGGACAAAUACGACGGUGCGACCGAAGUCAAAGUCAAUCGGCGCGGUCGUUUAUCGAUGCGCGAUCCUAGGUUCUCCGUUCCCACUGCGAACGACUUGGUCUACCUGGACGACUCGCCAAACUACUGCCUUCCAAAUGAUACCCUGGGAUCACUAGGUACACAGGGCAGAUUAUGCAAUAGGACUUCGUCCGGCAUGGACGGCUGCAAUCUCCUUUGCUGCGGCAGGGGAUACAAUACGCAAAAGUCCACCAUCAGAGAAAGGUGCGAAUGCAAGUUUCACUGGUGUUGCUUCGUCGAAUGCAAGACCUGCGUAAAGAAUAUCGAUAUACACACUUGCAAAUAGCGCGCUAAUAUUUAUUUUUUUCUUUUCCACGACUCUUUUUUAAACUUGUCCUCACAUUGUCGAAGGUAUACAGUACCGUUGACAGUACAACAAUUCUAACGGCGGCAUUAUUGUUUCACAGUAAAUAAUUUGGAAUUUUUUUCUAAUUUAAAAUUUAU